AUGUGCCCCAAUACCGCCGUAACGAGGCCCAGUAGAGCACGGAGGCGGGAAACGCACGGCACUCGCAAAACUGAAAAUUCACCCCCGGGGGCGGGGCUGGGAAGGGCGCCCCGGGGACCCCCCCGGGAGCAUAAUAUGUUCUUUUGCGGGUGUUUCGGGUACGACCGUACUUGGCCGAAUGCACCGUAUCCCGUCCGAUUUGUGAAGUUAAGCGGCCACAGGCCUCGUUGGUACGGCGAUCGGUGGUGGUGCUGGAACCCCGGGGCGCCGUACCCUCCUCAACUUUUUUUUUGCCAACAUCUUGGGGUGGGUGCCGUGGACCUCUGA